UCCCGGCGUCGGGAAUGGUUCGUUCCAACUCUUCCUUUCUCUGGAGAGCGCGCCCAGUCAGUCCCUGGCAGAUGCGCCGAGGGGGAGAGAGGAGAAGAAGCAGGCUGCUGAGGGGGGACCGCGGUGCUGGCAAGCACCUGUUUCUUUUUUGGAAGUGAGAUUCGUCACAGUCUUGAAUUGACAUGGUAUGACGACAACCUUUGAGGGAAUUGGCUUGCAAGGCCUUCUAAGCUUCCUGAGCACCUGUGACAGGAUUUGGGCUCUGCUAUUGUGACAUCCCAGAGAUAAUGCCAUCCUUGCCCAAUGAGGGAGAUAACCAAGGAAGCUCUUCUCUGACUUUACGCUCAGACCUGUCUUUCCAAAGCACAAUAAGAAGAAAAGUCAGAGAGAAGAAAAAGCACGGGACCAUCACUGCAAAUGUUGCUGGCACAAAAUAUGAGAUUGUCCGGGUAGUAAUAGAAGAAAUGGGGUACCUCAAGAUUCGUGAUGAUGACGAGACUGCAAAUCUCAUCUGGAGUGAUUGUGCUGUACAGCAAGAAAAGAUUGCUGAACUCCGAAACUAUCAGAGAAUCAACCAUUUUCCAGGAAUGGGUGAGAUCUGUAGGAAGGAUUUCUUAGCGAGAAACAUGACCAAAAUGAUAAAAUCUCAGCCUCAGGAAUACAGUUUUAUUCCUCGGACUUGGAUAUUCCCAGCAGAGUAUACACAAUUCCAGAACUAUGUGAAAGAACUCAAGAGAAAACGCAGACAGAAAACAUUCAUAGUCAAGCCAGCUAAUGGGGCAAUGGGGCAUGGGAUCUCCCUUACAAGAAAUGCAGAAAAGUUGCAUUCUCAAGAACACCUGAUAGUCCAGGAAUACCUUGACAAGCCCUUUCUUAUGGAAGGCUACAAAUUUGAUUUAAGGAUAUAUAUUCUGGUGACUUCUUGCGAUCCUUUAAAAAUAUUUUUAUAUCACGAUGGGCUAGUGAGAAUGGGCACAGAAAAAUAUCAUCCCCCCAAUGAUUCAAACCUGAGCCAACUGUAUAUGCACCUGACCAACUACUCCGUGAAUAAGCAUAAUGAGCAUUUUGAACGGGAUGAAACCGAAGAUAAAGGCAGUAAGCGCUCUAUAAAGUGGUUUACUGAGUUUCUGCAAACAAAUCACCUUGACGUUUCCAAAUUCUGGAAUGAUAUUUCAGAAUUAGUGGUGAAGACACUCAUAGUAGCAGAGCCGCAUGUCCUUCAUGCUUACCGUAUGUGUAGACCAGGGCAGUCUCCAGGAAGUGACAGUGUUUGCUUUGAAGUUCUUGGUUUUGAUAUUCUGCUGGACAGAAAACUCAAGCCAUGGCUCCUAGAGAUUAACCGAGCCCCAAGUUUUGGCACAGACCAAAAAAUAGACUAUGAUGUGAAAAAAGGUGUUUUGUUGAAUGCAUUAAAACUCCUCAAUAUCAGGACAAGUGAUAAAAGGAAAAAUUUAGCUAAGCAGAAAGCAGAGGCUCAGAAGAGACUUUAUGGUCAAGGUUCAAUGAAAAGGUUGUCCCCUGUGUCUUCUGACUGGGAAAAACAACGGCGGUCCCUAGAAAGAAGGAGAGAAGAACUGAAAGAGACACUUGCACAAGUACGCAAGCAGAUCUCCAAAGAGGAGCAUGAAAACAGGCAUAUGGGAAAUUACAGGCGGAUUUACCCUCCUGAUGAUAAGCUGCUGCUUGAAAAAUAUGAAACUCUUUUAGCUGCUGCCUUUCAGACAUUCCUCUCUGGGAGAGCAGCAUCACUUCAACGAGAAAUGAACAACCCUCUGAAAAGGAUGAAGGAAGAAGAUAUAUUGGAUCUUCUAGAACAAUGUGAAUUGGACGAUGAGAAACUAAUGGGAAAAUCUGUCAAACCACGUGGACCAAAGCCCCUGUAUUCCAUGCCAGAGAGUGCACAGUUCGUGAAGAAGAGCAAGAACUACAGCAGUGGGAGCAGCUGUGAAAGUAGCAGUGAAAUGUCCGAUUGGGAGGAGGAUGCUGAGAAAGAAGAUGAAAAUGUAAAAAAGGAGAAGAAUGUCUCAUUUGAUCUUGAAGAUAGGAAAUUGCUAGAACGAUCUAGUCGAAUGCACUGGAAGCGACCUCUUAAAAAAGUCCCAUCUUAUUCAUCUGCCCCCUCAGCAGCAGGUCCUAUCAGGCGUUCAGUCAGUUGCCCUCGAUCUAUUUCCGCUUUGGCCAUACAUACUGAAAACCGCCCUUUCUCUGCCAAGCCAGUGGUACAACUUUCCCGACAGUCUGCUGUGAGUAGGUCACACUCUUUAAACCGAGGUUCAUCUACAGUCAAAAUGUCUCACACUGCCAACCUGGGUACUGUACAUUCUUCUGUGGUUGAGAUGCACCAGAGAACAAAAGAGCAAGAGGAAUCGCUAACAAAGGAGACUCUGGUAAUUUUCAAUGACAUGAAGAUCCGAUUCCCAGGGAAAACAAAUGAAGAAGCAGAAUUAAUAAUUGAAGAUAUUAUGGAUAAUUGGAAACAUCACAAGUCAAAAGUGGCCUCAUAUUGGUUAAUAAAACUAGACUCUGCAAAGCAGCGAAAGGUUUUAGAUAUUGUAAAAGCAAGCAUUCGUUCAGUUCUUCAGCGUGUCUGGAGAGUUUCAGAUGUGGAAUGUUUACAUUUGUACCGACUUUUUAACCGUGUGUUUAAUCGCCUGCUAUGGAGCCAUGGCCAGGGGCUGUGGAACUGUUUCUGCAAUUCAGGGAGCUCCUGGGAAACAAUAUUCAGUAGAAGCACAGAAGCAGUGACUGCCGAUCAGCUCCAAUGUUGCCAACGAAUAGUUGAGCUUUGUAAACAGUGCCUGCUAGUGGUUUACAAAUACUCGGCUGAUUCAAGGGGAUCCCUCACUGGAAUGAACCCUGACUGGGAUGAUACAAGUUUUCUGUCCCCAGGACCCUUCAAGAGCCACAUAACUACCAAAAUGCCAAAGAACAAAAGCAAAGAAACAAAAGUGGCCAGGCAUUUUCUUCUAGCUUUGGAAAACAGGUAUUCACUGCCAGGACCUUUGCAGUUCAUCAUGAAACCUUCCACUGGUUUUGGAUGUAGCUCAUCCGGAAUGACUCGCUCUAUCUUGUUUACACCUAGAUAUGACCAUUCAUGAAACAAAAGGGAAUGUUACAUAUAAUGCGCAAUUGAUUUUAUUUUUUUUUCUCAAUUUCAAAUGUGCGAUGGAACUGAACAUAGGCAUUGUUAUAUAUUUAUUACAGUAUAUAAAAUGUAGCUCAAAAACCUGCUGUAAACAAUUAACCUUUCUGGAGAUGUAAUAAACCUUAUUAAAAUGUUUACAGAGA